GUCAAUAUCUAUGAUCGGUCACACCUCCUUCGUCGAUUAAGAGUAGAUACAAGUGCCAGACACGUAGGAUGGAAAUUUUUCAAUCUAGCCUAUGCUGAUGCAAGUACAUACGAUUCAGAACGAAAAGGAUACUCUUCAUCAUCUAUUUCUGGAUUGAUUCGUUAAGUGUGCGCCUUGAAGUUAGCAAGGAAUAAAUCAAAAAAUGGGUUUCACACGAAGGCGGAAGAACAAAGAAAGCGCGUUGCUAGGCGAGUCUGGCGCAGACGAAGAGAGUCACGGGAGUGCGGUCGCAGCCUCCUUGCCGAAGAAGACAUCAGUUUCUCCAGCGACCGCGCACCUGAUUGGGCUUGGGACGCUGGUGUGCGCCGCGCUGUUUGCGGCACGGUGGCUCCUACUCUGAAGAGUUGUGACUCGAGAGGAGAGCAGUGGAAUGAUCACAGAAGGGUCCAACGGUGCUGGUGGGGUGUAAGAAACAUGAUGAUAAUUCAAAUGCUGAAUGUGAAGACAGUUUCUACUUCAUCGAAGAUGUUGAUGCAACAACAGAGUCUUGUGAAUAUGCCAGUUUUAUUUGUGGAAGCGAACGAUUUGAAAAAGCGAAGAACAAGUGUUAUAACUC